CCAGAAACCGUGAACAUUGGUUGGGUCUUCGCGAACCAGGAAGAAGUUGGCUGAAGGGUUCGAGUAAAACGACCAUAAACAACCUUUUUCUAACCUGAAAUAUGGCUUGCGGUGCUGGUGUUUUGAAAUUGAUUCAUCGUCCCGCGUUUGCGGUACUUUCCAGGCUUAGUUUAGUGGGAAAAUGCCAGCGCACAGGAGCCUUGACCUCCACUGUGACCUGGAAACAGUUCUCUGAUGACUCCUCGGAACAAAUCAGCAGAUAUCCCAUUCCUUACAAGAAGGAUCUUCCCUACGAUAUUGUAGAACUGAUGGAAGAGGUGGAGACCAAGGGUGGGUUUUUGCCCAAUGUGUUCAAGGUACUCGCUCAUCGGCCUUCAGAGUUUCGAGCAUUUUUCGCCUACUACAACGACCUGAUGAACAAGGAAACAGGCAAAUUGACUAAAGCAGACCGGGAGCUCAUCGUCGUGGCGACCAGCAUCCACAACCGCUGCCUGUACUGCGUGGUCUCACACAGCGCCCUGCACCGCAUCUACUCCAAGAACCCUACGCUAGCUGACCAGGUGAUAGUGAACUACGAGAACGCACAGCUUAGCGCCAGGGAGAGGGCCAUGCUGGACUUUGCCCUGGCCAUAUGCCGCAGCGACACCAUCAAGGACAGCCACUUCCAGGCCCUGGAGGCGCACGGCUUCGACCGCGAGGACGCGUGGGACAUCGCCGCCGUCACCUCCUUCUUCGCCAUGUCCAACCGCCUGGCGCACCUCACCGACAUGCGGCCCAACACCGAGUUCUACAGCCUGGGCCGCGUGCCGCGGGACAAGGGCAAGGCCGGGGGCGAGGGCCGGGGCGAGGGUGACUGAUCUUACGGUCUGGGAGCCGGGGACCCUCCUCCCGUCCGCAUACGUGACCUGAACACCUUCUCUGCUAUGUUUCUGAGCUCAAAGGUCACCUAGGGAUGUUUUCUGCAACAUGAUCAGUACGUUAAAAAUAACAUUUGAUUUGACUUAUUUUCCGUUUCACACACAAAGCCUGCACAUUCAUUAACUUAAAAUGUAUUAUCAAGUCAUGGAGGGAUUGGGUGUCAUUGACCAAAAAAUUCUUAAAUUCUUCUUACUUUUGUUCUUAAGAAAAGUUCCUACGAAAAAACCAACGUGGAAUUCAUGAUUAUGUGCACAGCUUCACAUUUUUACAUUUUCCAGGUCUGUCGGAUGAUGAAUGGCAGUUGAUCUUAAAUUGGAUGCAGAUGCCUCUUCAUAUUGAUUAGCAUAAGGAAUUACACUAACAAUCCCAUAACAGGUAUGCUGAAUUCAGGGUUGUGUGCAAACAUCAGCCAUUCAUUGGUUUUUGCAAACAUAUUUAUGUGAUACCUAAGGACAUGCUCUGUCCCAUAGCCACGAUUAGCCAAGUAAUUGAAAAGCAGCGAAUACGUCAUUGCUAAGUGCUGGGUUUGACUGUGCACUUGUGUGUCUUUAUAUAUCAUAAUAUUCUUGCCCUCUUUCUGCUACUCUGUAAAGCGGCUUUCUGUAAAAAGCGUUAUACAAAAAUAAUUGAUAUUAUGAUUAUUCGUCAUCAUCAGUCACUUUUAUCAGUAAACACAAAUUAAUUACGUAUGUUCUCAACAAGGUUCAGAAGGCUGAAAUAAAAAUAAAAAAGUUUUUUGAAAAAAACGAAUUAAACCAAAAGAAAUGAAAAUUUAGGCCUAUAAUUGUACUGAUAAAUGUUUUGUUGUUGACAUGAGGAUGACAAUAAAUAGAUUUUGCAUAAAUAAUAAAGAUUUAAAAUUGAAACUUGUU